AUGGCAACCAGCGACAGUACAAGCGAUACUAGAGACCUUUUUUGGUCUCUCACACAUAGCCAAGGCAAGGUGCCACUUGACAGGAUUCGAAAUGCUUCGGACCAGGCUAGCUCAUUUGUCCUUUCCUCACCAGGACUUCCAGGGACGAUUGCCUUGGAUACUUCAUCUAACUCAAACUUGCCCUCAUUACCCCAAUGGCUCGAUAGCAUCAGGGACGGCUAUGAUAUAUCAUACAAUGGCCCCCUAUGUGAAAACAGCCAAUGUGGUAGUAGUGGUUCUGUCGAUCAUUUGAACGAUACCAAAGACACGUCGAGCCUCAACUUCCAGUCCACAUUGGUCAGAGAAGCCUCGAUAGAACCUCCUGGAGGCGGCACAGGUGCCACGUAUAACCUUCAUGAUCUAGGGAAAGAGUCACCGGAAGUGAAGCUGCGGUCGGCUUCUCGAAAGCCGAAAAGAACAAGGCAGAGAAUAUCUGUCGCGGUCAACGUGCAGCGAGCACGGAACUGUCACAAUAACAUCGAGAAAAAGUACAGGGCACGCUUGAAGCAGGGCUUUGAAAGGCUACUCGCCGUUUUGUAUACAUCGAUGCCGCUAACAAGCUUGAUAGGAAACGAAAGCAAGUCGCUUGAUGCCGGUUACUGUUACAGCAGAGGGGAAGUUUUGGAUGCCGCAAUGCAGCGGAUAUUAGCAUUAGAGGAAGAUAAUAGAAGACUCACAUGUCGACUCCUAGAGUUAAGUGAGGCUUUGAACUGA